UACAUUAGACGUUUUUAAUCAAACAAACGGAGCUUAGCUUCGCGCUCGGGUCAACGGAGGGCAACUGGGCGACCCACAUCUAGGCGCUAAAGCCGCUGCUUGCUAGCAUCCCUCGUAGCCAGCGUGUCAACAGGUUGCUGCAGUGUGAAUUUUUGUUAGUACGGAUAUUUUGAUUCUGUGAAUUUCGCCAUAGCUGUUGUAGUAUUAUUAAAACACACUGCCUCUUAAACUUGAGUCACUCGUUGCAGUCAAAUCCCCCAAACAGGCUGUCAGGAUGGAUCUGCAGAGAGCUUCAUGACACAAGUACAUGUUGGCCACUAAUGUUAAAGUUACUCUGAACUGGAGGGACACAAAAUGGUGAAAGUUUUCCCAUUUACACCUCCAUUCUCAUGACACAAACAGGAAGAUAUGGGCAUCCUGAGACUGGUAGCCAGAAUCAUGGGUAGGGUCAGUACUUUCAGGUCCUAUCAGUUUGUGCUGCUCCUGGCUGCUGCGCUUGCUGUUGUAGCUUUUUACUACUUUGGCUCAGAGAAGCAGAACUUCUCCAGCACCACAAAGAGGAUCAAGCAGACCCAGGCGAGCCACAACAGCAACAGAAAUGAUGCAGACCUAACUGUGGACACCAGGCUCUCACACCCAGCUGGAUCUGAGGAGCAAGCAGGGGGAGACCAGGAUGUAGAAGGAGAGAGUGAUGGUUUUAGUAAAGGGGACAGCGAGGCCAUUGAGCCACGCUACCAUGCACUCAUGAUGUUCACCAAGGUGGACAAAAGCCGUAGCCUGCAGGACAAGUUCAGGGUGGCCAUGUUGUCUAUGGUGAAGCACAGUCGCUUCCUGGAGGGAGAGGUGCUGGUGCUUCAUUUUGUGAGCGAUCAGGCCAGCCAAGAACUGGGAGAGAGGAUGCUGCAGGAAUUUCUCCUCGAUGCGACGUUCAAGUAUGAGGUGUUGUUCCACGAUGUGGUGGCUCUCACACACAAGCUGUUCCCUAUCGUGGAGGCCAUGCAGAAGCACUUCAGCGCCGGCUCUGGAGCUUACUACAGCGACGCCAUCUUCUUCCUGUCAGUAGCCAUGCAUCACAUCAUGCCUGAAAGUCUGGCACGCAUUGUGCAGCUUGACCUGGACCUGAAAUACAAGACCAACAUCAGGGACCUCUUCCAGGAAUUUGAUCGCUUUACUCCCGGAGCGGUAAUAGGCAUCACCAGAGAGAUGCAGCCGGUCUACAGACACACAUUCUGGCAGUAUCGUAAGGAGAACCCCCAGACCAGAGUGGGUGAGCCUACUCCUGAGGGCCUCCCUGGCUUUAACAGUGGUGUGAUGUUAUUGGACCUUGGUGCAAUGAGGACCUCAGAUCUCUACAACGAGCUGCUGAAGCCAGACAACGUUGCCAAACUAGCUGACCAGUACCGCUUCAGGGGCCACCUUGGGGACCAGGACUUCUUCACCAUGAUCGGCAUGGAGCAUCCUGAGCUGUUUUAUUCCCUAGCCUGUGGCUGGAACCGACAGCUGUGCACCUGGUGGAGGGACCAUGGAUACGGGGAUGUGUUUCAGUUGUAUUAUCGCUGCGAUGGACCAGUCUACAUCUACCACGGGAACUGUAACAGCCCCAUACCAGAUGACUGAUGAACAGAGCGGACUCCUAAUUUAGGAGGGAGAUUUAUGACUGUUUUGGCCAUUUCCCUUUUUGACUGUCUCUGUAGUCACAGAAUCUGCCCCCUGCUGGUCAAGGGGCUCCUGAAUUACCUUCAUAUACACACUUGCUACAAGUAUGGUGCUCAUCCAUGUCAUUCUAGAAUAACUGAACACGUCUUUUGUUUUUUUGUUUUUUUUUUUAAAUGUGUUAUAUAUUAUUUGA